AUGGUAUCUAAAUUUAAAAUAUUGGAACGACCCAUCAAUUUUAAAACUGAAAAAAUUGAAAUAGUGAUAAAACUGAUAAAAGCUAUAUGCGUUUUGCAUAACUUGAUUCUUGUGCAUGAUGGUACGCACUCAAUUCCACAAGGAAUUCAGGAAGAUAAUAUCGACUUGUUAUAUGAAGAUACUGAGGGAAAUAUAGAAAACAAUAGAACGAGACCUUCUUACUCAGCGAUGGAAAUAAGGGAAAGACUUUGCCAGUAUUUUGUGAAACCAUACGCAGCAUUGCCUUGGCAAAAUAAGUAUACAAUUUAA